AUGUCGUCCGAACGUCCUCUCGUGUAUUUCGACAUAACGAUCGGGGGACAGCCGCUGGGCGGUGAUAUCGUACCGAAAACGGUGGAGAAUUUCCGCGCACUAUGCACCGGCGAGAAAGGGGAGGGCACGGCGGGUAAGCCGCUGCACUACAAGGGGUGCGCGUUCCACAGGGUGAUCAAGGGUACGUUCAUGGUGCAGGGCGGCGACUUCACCAUGGGAAACGGCAUGGGCGGCGAGUCGAUCUAUGGCGAGAAAUUCGAGGAUGAAAACUUCGAGGUGAAGCACACGAAACGGUUCUUGCUGUCCAUGGCGAAUGCCGUCGUCUUCGGCGAGGUGAUACGCGGAAAGUCGGUCGUACGCGCCGUCGAGAACACGCCCACGGCCGACGGCGAUGCCCCCAAAUCGCCGUGUGUCAUCGCAGAUUGGGAUCCAUUUGAAGACUACCCAGAGGACCAGGGACCAAUAGACGGUCAGGAUGUCAUCGAGAAACCCGAGGCCGCACUCAAGGUCGCCAAGCAAGUCCGAGAAACUGGUAACAAGCUAUUCAAGGAUGGCAAAGCGGCGGAGGCGUUAGCAAAUACCGGAGUUUGCGCAGAGGCGAUACGCUACCUCGACAUGCACCAGAUGCUUCCCGAUGAUGCGCCACCGGAGCUUAAGGACUCUUACGACGUGUUGCUUGCACCGCUUCUACUCAAUUCGGCGUUGGCUGCGCUCAGGGCGGGGGGAACCGCCAACGCUGGGAUUGCGCGUAGUGCAACGGAUCGGGCUCUUGGAAUGGAUUUGAACACCGCGGAUAAGGCGAAAGCACUAGGAGAGUGCGCCGAGGAAGAUCUCGUAGCCGCCCAUGAGCUUGUGAAAGAUGACAGGGCGAUUCUGACUGAGCUGGAGAAAACAGCGGGACAAGAAAAGAAGGCAUUCAAAAAGCUGUUUGCAUGA